AUCCUGCUCGACUCGACCGGCGAUCGGCCUUCUCUUUAUAUUCAGAAACCAACCCGCAGAAAGCUUGACUUGACUUUGGAGAACUUUCAAAAGAAGAGACACCUUAUCGACUGUAUUUUUUUCUUGUUCUGUGCUCGCGUGUUGGGAGAUUAUUGGCAGCAUGUCUUUUGCCAGCAUCCUACCGGACGACUCUGCGUUUGUUGAUUUCAAGGAUCAGUGUUUGUCCACCACGGGGAAUUGGCACAAUAAAUACGACAAACACGGGAUGCAAGUGUGGAUGGAAAUCCCCAAGGACAAGGGGAACAGCAACGGGCCGAAAGUGCACAAGAUCAAAUGUAAAAUGACAAUCAAAGAAGUGUCUGCAGCGACCAUGUACGACGUCAUCCACGACAGCGAGUACAGAAAGAUAUGGGACCCCAACAUGGAGGAAGGCUAUGACAUCGCCCGCGUCUCCGACUGCGCUGACCUCGGCUACUACUCAUGGCGUUGUCCAAAACCGAUUAGGAACCGGGAUGUGGUGACCCUCCGCUCGUGGCGAGUGACAGACAAGGAAUACCUCAUCAUCAACUUCUCGGUCAAACACCCGAAAUUCCCUCCUCGCACUAACAUGGUGCGAGCCGUUUCCAUCCUCACCGGCUAUUACAUCGAGCCCACAGGGCCAAACAGCUGCAAUUUCAUUUAUCUCUCACAAGCUGACCCCAAAGGUUUUCUUCCAAAGUGGUUGGUAAACAAAGCUUCUGAAGUCCUGGCGCCGCGGGUGCUGAAAUGCGUGCACGAUGCGGGGAAGCAGUAUCCCAAGUGGAAGGAGCAGAACAAUCCGGAUAACAAGCCGUGGCUGUACCCCGAACAGUGCAGGCUGCCCCGGAUGAACCCGGCCGAACUCGCCAUCCAGCGGGGCGACUCGCUCGAGAAUGUGGACGAGAGCGCCAUGCUGGAUGAAAGUUUACAGAUGUCGAGGGACAAAAAAUGACCCUCACAAAUGACGUGUUUACACAUUUUGAAAUCACCUCAGGAAGUGCUCAAAUAAGCUAAACGUGUUUUUUUCCCUUUAAUAAAUACAGUAGCACACCUGUUGGGCAAUUUUGUAGCACA